AACAAACAAGUUGGGGAUUUCAGAGAACAAUCUUCAAUAUUCAGUCAUUCAAUUUCCUUCGGAAAAUGGUUUUGGAGGGUGUGUUAUUGACAGUCGGAGGGGCACUUCUCUCGUCAUUUCUAAAUGUACUGUUUGAGAAGAUGGCUUCUCCUCAGUUCCUGAACUUGGUCAAGCAACAAAAACUCAGGCGUGAUCUCUGGCAGAACUUGGAGAUAUUGCUGCUAACAGUUGAUAAGGUGCUCGCUGACGCCGAGGACAAGCAAAUCAACAACCCUUCAGUUAAAAAAUGGCUGGACAUGCUUAAGGACGCUGCCUAUGAUGCUGAGGAUCUACUAGAUGCAAUCGCCACUGAAGAUCUGAGGGGUCGGUUGAAUCGAGAAAAGAAGGAUCACUUUAACACUAGCCUUAAACAUCUUCUUCAGAAACUCAAAGACAUUGCUGCACAAAAAGACGCCCUUGGUUUGCAGGAAAGUUAUGGAGGAAAACCAUAUCCAAGACUGCCUACGACUUCCCUGGUCGAUGAAUCUGAAGUAUGCUUUAGAGAAAAUGUCAAAAUGCAGAUUCUUGAUUUUUUGUUAUCUGAUGCCGUGGAUGGAGAUAAAAUACCCGUAGUUGCAAUCCAAGGUAUGGGUGGCAUCGGUAAGACAACUCUCGCUCAAUUUUUGUUCAAUGAUGAAAGGGUCAAGACCUACUUUAAGUUGAGAACAUGGGCUUAUGUUUCUGAAGAAUUUGACAUUUUCAAGGUGACCAAAACAAUUUACGAGUCAAUUUUAUUGAGAUCUUGUAAUAUUAGUGAUUUGAACGCACUUCAGCUUGUGUUGGAGAGGAAUCUGAAGGGAAAAAAAUUUCUACUUGUCUUAGAUGAUGUUUGGAAUGAGAUCUUUGUUGAUUGGGAUCUUGUGAGAAGACCCUUUCAAGUUGGGGCUCCUGGAAGCAAGAUUAUUGUGACAACCCGUAAUCAAAAUGUCUCAUUCACCAUGCGGUCGGUUCUUGUUCAUCAUCUGCAGCCCUUACCUGACAAGGAUUGCUGGUCAUUAUUUGCAAAACACGCAUUCAAGAACAAAGAAUCCGAUGAAGAUCCAACCUUGAUUGCAAUUGGUAAAAAAAUUGUGGAAAAAUGCAAAGGCCUUCCUUUAGCUGCUAAAACACUCGGGAGUCUCUUGCGUUACAAAGUGGAAGCAGAAGAAUGGCACAAUGUCUUGAACAGUAAAAUAUGGGAUCUACCAAAUGAUAAGAGCAGCAUUUUACCGGCCUUAAGAUUGAGCUACUGUCAUCUUCCUUCUCACCUAAAGCGGUCCUUUGCUUAUUGUUCCAUAUUUCCCAAGGGAUAUGAAUUUGAAAAACGGAACUUGGUUCGACUUUGGAUAGCAGAGGGGUUAGUGCUUCAGCUGAACGGCCACAGAAGAAUGGAGGAAAUCGGUGGACAGUACUUUGAUGAGCUAUUAUCAAGGUCAUUGUUUCAACAAUCGAGUCGUAAGGAGUCAUGUUUUGAAAUGCAUGACCUUGUCAAUGAUUUAGCUCAAAAUAUAGCAGGUGAAUUUUGUUUCAAGUUUGAGGAUGGCAGCUUACCUCACACUCCUGAAAGGGUUCGCCAUUUAUCUUGUAUUCCGAUGCAAGAUGAAGCCCCUGAGAAAUUUGAGGCCUUUUAUGGAGCAUUCAAGGGUUUGAGGACAUUUUUGCCACUCAGAUUAUCAAAUUCUGGUAGGGUUCAUCUAAAUCCAAUAGUUCUUAAAAACUUGUUUCCAGAAUACUGCUCCUUGCGUGUAUUGUCAUUAUCAGCUUAUUAUAUAACUAAGUUGCCUGAUUCAAUCAGCAACUUAAAGCAUCUGCGUUACUUGGAUCUUUCUUCCACUGAUCUUCAGAACUUGCCUGAAGCAGUGGGUUGUUUGUAUAAUUUAGAGACGUUGAACUUGUCACAUUGUCAUAGCCUCACCCAGUUGCCUGCAAAUAUGGGGAAUCUUACUAAAUUAGAGCAUCUUGAUAUUAGGCAGACUGCGGUAAAGGAAAUGCCAGAAAAUUUUGGUAAUUUGAAAUGUCUCCAGUUUUUGACAAAUUUUUUUGUGAGCAAAAACAGUGGGUCAAGGAUUAGUGAGUUGAAGGACCUCUCUCUACUGUUUGGUACCCUUUCGAUUUUGGGACUCCAGAAUGUGUUUCAACCGGAAGAUGCCUCAAAGGCCAAUUUGAAGGAUAAGAAAUACCUAGCUGAGUUAAUUCUCAAAUGGACUACCUAUGAUUCACGUAAUGCAACUGAGGUACUUGAAAAGCUGCGCCCUCAUGAAAAUUUGAAGAAGCUCAGCAUUGAAUGCUUUGGUGGUUUAAAACUCACCGGAUGGUUAGGGAAUGCUUCAUUCUGCAAACUAGAGUUUCUGCAACUUGUUGAUUGUGGAAAUUGCUCAUCAUUGCCACCUCUGGGGCAACUACCCUCUCUCAAAGAACUCCACAUUUUAAGAAUGAAAGGCGUGCAACAGAUUGGUCAUGAGUUCUAUGGAAACGAUGUCCUGCCAUUCAGAUCCUUGGAAACAUUGCAGUUUCGAGGAAUGCUGGAUUGGCAGCAGUGGUUGCCUUUGAAAGAUGGUGCAUUCCCUUCCCUCCAGCAGCUCAUUGUGCAUAAAUGUCCGAAUUUGACCGGGUGUUUAUCCUGGCUCCUUCCUUCCUUGGUGACGCUUGACAUCUAUGAAUGUAGGAAACUACAGUUGCUUCAUCAGAAUGGCGUAAAUCAACACUCAGCACUCGAGCAUUUGUACAUUAGGAAGAGUUGUGAUGAUCUCAAAUCAUUUCCAUUAAGCUCCUUCACAAAACUCAAAAAGCUUAAACUCCAGGAUUGCAAAUUUCUCAGAUCAAUUGGGAUGCCACAUGAAUGCCACGAGGAUCUCAAAUUUCUUCAAAAGUUAACAAUUAGAGACUGUGAUGAUCUGGGGUUCUUUUAUGGAAGAGGGUUGCCAUCUCUCCAAAAGUUAAAAAUAUUUCAUUGUUCAAAUCUCCUUUCAUUUGGGGAAGGUGGUUUGCCACCCAGUCUUCAAUCACUUUCAAUUGAGAACUGCGAGAAACUACCACCCCAAGAAACAUGGGGGCUCGACAUGGCGUCACUCAGGCAUUGUGAGGUUGAUUGAGUCACCUAAAGGCUCCUCGAUGGUGACUCUCGGUUGAGGUUGAAAAUGAAGUUUGCAUCCCUAGUCCGAAAACAAAAGAAGUCUGGUGGAUACCGAUGAAUAUGCAGAUUACAGAUCCACAAGUCCAUUUGGCUGGAAUCUUGAAGAAUCAUAACAUAUUACAUCCCAUCUUACGAAUGUGACAUUGUGUAUAAGCCUCAGGAAGGCUACUCCAGCAUCAUUGAUCAAGAAUUAGGAAGCUGAUCAGUGAUCACCCUAUAGUUGAAGAUUGAAAAAGCUGAAACUUUGAGUGAUGGGGAAGACUCUCUAUGUAAUGGAAGUGAAACAUUUUAUCAGAUACUCUGGCAAUGUAACAUGGGAAUUUUAUCAAUUUUUUGUUUUAAAUGCUGGAAAAAUGUCACAUGGCAAUAUUUAAUACAUUCAAAUUUGAGAUUGCAGAUUUUAAAUUAGCUUUUUUUUUUCUCUCUUUUUUCUAAAAGAAUUGAAAUAAGGCAAUGAUGGUGGCACA